AUGUCUUUUUCGUGGUCCAUUGCUGAACUCGGCAAUCUGGUCUCUGGAGACCAGCCCGUCAGUUUGCGGUAUGGAGAUACCAACCCUAGAAGAGCCGCUGGGACGCCCUACACCACCAUCAUUGCUCUGCAUGGAAUUGGUGUCAACUCGAAUAUCUGGCUCCCUUGGCUUCCCCACCUGCCCGAGGACAUCCGUCUGCUUGCCCUCAACCGUCGAGGCUUCAACGGUUCCUCAGACCUUCACCAGCCCACCGAUGGAAACUUCGUCGAGUCGUACGGCCGUUACCUGCUCGACCUCGUGGCCUUCGUCAAGUAUGCUGUUGAAGUAUUGAAGAUCCCCCCCAAAGAUCCAAAGACAGGAAAAGGAGGAAUCGUGCUGCUCGGCUGGUCAAAGGCCUGUUCGUACUUGACAUCGCUCUUGGCUGUCCUCUCCAGCGAGGAGGGGCUCGCUGCAUCUCAUGGUCUAUCGAUGUCCGCCUUCGAGCCCUAUCUCGGCGCUGUCCGCAGCCAUGUUGUCAAUGUAAUGCUUUUCGAACCGCCCGGACUGAUUUUCGGCAUCCCACGACAGGAGAAAUUUGGGAAUGAGACUGAAAGCAUGGCUGUGCAGGGUCGUGACUUCGUUCACGGUAUGCUUUCGGCAUUACCCGCCGACAAGGUUCACCUGGUGCAUGUCUCUGUCGACAAGAUGGAGGUGGCCGCCCAUGACAUGUUUACCUGGAACGGGAAGGACGAUGAAGAGCGGGAGGCUGUUUCCAAGAUGGCCUUCAAGGAUGUGCCGUCUUUCCUGGGGUUGAGCGUUAUCUAUGGUACCAACACCAUCCCUUCGUGCCUUGAAGGAUCGAAAUGGGUUAUCGAGCGUAGCCACAGCCAGGACAACACAACGUAUCGGGUUAUCCAGGACGGUGACCAUUUUCUAAUGGUGACUGACCCAGAGGGAUUCAAUGAGGCUGUUAUCUCUUGCAUCAACGAGCUGGUAGUGAAGACAAAGGGAGGAGAGCUGUCUGUGUAACACGAGAAUUGCACGUGCGGUAGCGAACCCAAGAUCACCGUCUAUGAGUUCCUGUCACGCGGAUAGAAUAGAAUAGCUGCGCGACAUAUCAGUCCUUGUGCUCUCUUCAUUCAUAUGCCUCAAAUUAUACGCAUUGAAAUUAUACGAUCCUCGUCCCCCAUUCCCUAAGCCCGCUUCAUUUAUGUGUUAGUUGAAGGACUGCUAAUGCAUCGCGUCUAUCGAUCUUCAGGCUGAAAUCCGGGCAUCUGGUGGGUCACAUGACGGCUCGCCAAGUGAUGCGGUCCAAGCUGUCCACUCUAUACAUAGAUCUUUGGAUGCUGAAACCUGACCAUGUCCCACAACGUGAGACUCUGGUGCUCACUCGUUCCGAACAUUGCACUGGGUCCAGAUAUCGACGCAAUUAACAGUCCAGAACCCAUAUUUUUAGCGAUUUGCAGGCUUU